GUUCAAAGCCGCGCAAAGGAGCAAGGCGUUUCCCUCGCAAACAGCUGCAGCUGAUCCCUGCCCUCCUCUGUCCCCAUCCGCAGAGGAUGGCCUCACGAAGACGCCCCAGGGCAGCCCCUCUGCUUCGGCUGCUGCUGCUGGCGCCGGCGCUGUUUUCUACGUGUGUGUGUGGUAGAAAGCGGCCGAACUUUGUGCUGAUGUUCAGUGACGACCAGCAGGACGACGCCAUCGGCUUCGUCCAGAGAGAACACGACAAGAUGGGCAAGGCGGUGCUGUAUCCCUUUUUCAGGGACCAGACGCCAGCCAUGGACAGAAUCGCAGAAGAAGGCUUUUGGUUCAGGUAGGUGGGCUACACGGCGGUGGGCACACAACCAUGAGGGAGCCAAGCCACCCACCGUGUGUGGGGGGUUGUUGUGUGCAGGAACGCCUACGUGCAGACGUCCCUCUGCUCCCCCUCACGGGCGUCGAUACUGACGGGGCAGUACUCCCACAUCACGGGCGUCAUUGACAACGAGUCCAUCUACCCCGCAGACAGACUCAACUUCGCCGACAGGCUGCGAUUCGUCGGAUACCACACGGCUUACAUCGGCAAAUGGUGCGCCACUUCUUCCUGGUGCUGACAGGCUGUCCAUGGUUUCUCUCUCUCUCUGCGCUUCUCUUGCCCCCCUCUCUCUGCCAGGCACAUGGGAGAGCAGCUGAUCCGUCCUGGCUUCGACUAUGCGGCGUCGUACCUGGGCCAAGGCAUCUACCAGAACGAGCCCUUCACCAUCAACGGCAAGCACGAGGUGGGGUCGGAGGGCUAUGUCGACGACAUCGCCACCGACUACGCCAUCGACUACCUCAAGAAACGGGCCAAGUCCGACCAGCCCUUCGCUAUGAUUCUGGGAUUUAAGGCGCCACAUGAGGUGGGUGGGUCGGCGGGCGGGUGUGUUGCUGGGGUGUGUGCGUGGGGUGGGUGUUGCACUGCUGGUUUCACUGUGUCUGCUUCAUGUGUCUCGGGUCAGCCUCGCGAGCCGCCAGAGAGACUGGAGAAUCUCUACAAAGACGCAGAGAUGCCCGAGUAAGAUCUGGGCAAACACGCAGCCGUCAAGGCAUGCAGGCAACGACUCGCCUUGCUGUGUUGUGUAGGCCGGCGAAUUGGUUCAAGCGUCCGUUCCAGGGCAAGCGCGUGGUGCAUUUCCCUCAGGCGGAGAAGGUCAAGUACUUCCAGCUGCUCAAGGCCGUCGACGAGAAUGUGGGCCGUGUGCUCAAGACGCUGCACAACCUCAACAUGACCGACGACACUAUGGUCAUGUACUACUCGGACAACGGGUGCGUCAGUUAGUGGGAGGGAGCAUGAGUGCAGUGCGCUUCCAUGAUGCGUCUCGUCUAUCUGUGUGUGGUGUGGUGUGAGUGCAGGUAUUUCUUGGGCUCCCAUUCGUUGAAUGACAAGCGGCUGGCGUAUGAGGAGGGCAUCAGGAUCCCCUUUCUCCUCAGAUACCCGCGACUGGGGGGCGGACUCAAACCCAUCGUAUGGACACAGACAAGGACACAGCCCAUACACAAGGACACAGAACACACAACAUCUGAUGACACAGCAUAAGGGACCUCCCUGUUCGUUCCUUUGUCCCUGUCUGUCUCUCUCUGCCCGCCCCAGAUGAACACCAUAUUGAAUGUGGACAUCGCCCCGACCAUUUUAGAUUUUGCCGGCGCCCCCAUCCCGCCCGAGAUGAACGGCAGGUCCUUUAAGCAGCUCCUCACGGGGGAGGCCGACCCCGCCGACCUCUGGCGGACGGGAUUCCUCUACUCGUACUUCUUCGUUCAACAAUUCUGGGGGUCAGUCCAGUAUAUUGCUGACUGAUGCGCUCAUAACACAACACACAAACCGUCUUCCUUUGUGUUGGUUGGAUCAGUGUGCCCGAGGUGCAUGCGUGGCGUGAGGACGGCAUCAACGGCACCCGAGCAGCCAAGCUGGUCAUCUACCCCCGUGACAUCCCCGACCGCACGAGGGCCCGCUCGCUGCCCCGAUCGCAGCUCUUUUUGCUCGACAAAGACCCCCUCGAGAUGCGCAACCAGAUCGACAACCCAGACUAUCGAGAACUGAAGCAAGAGCUGAUGGAAAAGCUCAAGAUGGCGUGGUUCACCGAGGGCGUCAUGGACCGAAUGGUCUUCGUCCGGGGGAUGCCCCUGAAGCUGCUGCCGAUGGCCAUGUCGCAGUGGAACUUCAAUUUCGGGGCGGCGGACGAUUUCUUCUUCAAGAACCGGGGGCGGCUGAAGGGCACGGCGGAGAUCGACACACACGACAUUCCUUUCGAGGGCAGCGGCGACCUGGUGCUCGACGGCAAGGGGUACAUGGACAUCUCCCACCGGUCGCUGCAGAAAGGGGGCGACCACCACCGAGCCGUGGCCAUGGACAUCAUGCCCGACGCCAUCGGCCACACCCAGAUGCUCUACAGCGAGGGAGGGAGGAUGAACGGCUUCGCCAUGCGGCUGCACGGCCGCUCCCUGCAGGCCGUCGCCACCCACGAAGGGAAGAUGGUGACCGUCUCGGCCCGUUUCUCCAGCACCGACUACACGCCAGUGGGGUUCAGGUGGCACGGCAACGACGGGCAGGGCCUGCUGUCGCUCUUCAUCCACGGCAAAAUGGUCGGGGAGAAGAAGACCAAGUACGCCACGGUGAAGCGGCAUUUCUCGCCGGCCACGAUUGGCGCAUGGGCGACGGAGAGUGCCUUCGGUGACAAGGCGGAUGCGGGCACACGCGGGGGCUUCUUCCGCGGGCGGAUCGACAAUGUGCGCAUCUUCGACGGGCCGAGUGAGGCGACUCCUUACAGGGGCUACGCCAACUACGAGGACAUGGCGGCCAUGGGCGGCAUCACAUCCCACUGGUCCCUCCACGGCCACACCAGAGACCUCCUGGGGGUCGCAGAUGCGCACGCCGAGGGCGGCCCGGCGGUGGCCAUCAGCCGGCAGGGCCACAGGGCGUUCACCCUCAACGGGCAGACGCAGGAGAUCAGCAUCCCCUCGGACGUCAUCAUGCGGGGCUUCUCCGCCAUGUCGCUCACCCUGUGGUUCCGCCCAGACCGGCUCAAGGGCGUGCAGUACCUCUACGAGGAGGGCGGGCCGGAAACCGGCCUCGCACUGCAGCUGGUGGGAUCUGACCUGAGGGCGGUCAUGACCAACCACAACAAGAAGACCAUUGCCGAGGGACCCCUUCCCAGCGAGGAGCCGGGCAAUUGGCACCACGGGGUCUUCACCUUCGGACACAAGAAAAUGUCUUUGUAUGUGGACGGGCGGCUGCUGGCGAGCGAGAAGGUGUCGUAUGGGCGGCUGCCUGACCAUGGGGAUUAUGGAGCAUUGGGGGGCGUGGCGGGCAGCGGGGCGGCAGGACUGCCAGCGGAGGAGACGACGUUAAGGACGGGGUUCUUUCAGGUAACUGGGGAGAGAGAGAGAGAGAGAGUGGCAAUGGAACUCAUGUGCGUGUGUCGAUAUCUGUGUGUUGUCUAUGUGAUGUGAUGUGUGUCAUCUAUCUAUCUAUCCAUCAGGGUGCGUUGGAGGACGUGACGUUGUACGACCACACGCUGACGAUAAACCAGAUUGUGGACCUGUACCUCAACAGCCGCAGCGGCCUAUAGCUGCCUAAACACACAGAAGAGGGGGCAUUUCGUUCGAUGUAUUAUUGUAUUGGUUGCGUCUUGUGUCUCUGGUCUGUCUGUCUGUCUGUCUGUCCUUAUGCCUAUCUAUCUUUGUG